AUGUUGUAUAGAGAAAAUAGAAUUUUGGGUGGGGGCUGGGUCUUCAAUUGUUUAAAUAAUUGGAAUUUAGAAGAAUUUAAAUUUGCUGAUCAAGAUUUUUUAAAUAAAUAUUAUGUAAAAUCAUGGAAACGUUUACCAUCUAUUUAUAAUUCAUUAAAAACAUUUUCUCAAACUCAUCCAAAUAUUUGGCAUAUUUCCAAAAUAAAAAUUAUUCAUUUUAUUUUAUCAAAACCAUGGGAUAAAGAUGAUCAAAAUAAUCUACCUUAUAAAGAUGUUAAUCAAUUAUGGUGGGAUGCUUUUAAUUAUACAACAAAUUAA